AUGUUCUCUACUAAAUUGGCUGUUCUUCUCGUCGUCAUCGGACUUGUUCUCGCUGCUCCACAAGGAGGAUCCCAAGGAUCUCAAGGAGGAUCUCAAGGAUCCCAGGGAGGUCAAUCUGGAUCAUUCGGAGGAUCUACGUCUUCUAGUGGAAUCGGGGGAGGACAAAGCGGACAGGGAAGCUUCGGAUCGCAAGGAUCGCAAGGAUCAAGCUCUGGCGGACAAGGAGGACAGGGAGGAUUCGGAGGUCAGAGCAAGUGA